CACAGUAAACGACAGAGAGAGCCGGGCGAAAAAGCAAAGGAGGAGAAAACAUCCCCCGGGGCGAAAACGCGAACUUACCGUCGUGCGGCCACCCGGCCUCCGUAGCCCGACCGCUACCUGAGGAGUCUGGUAGCCAAGGUAGCGGCGGCAGGCUCAACCCACUCUCCCGUGUUACCGCGAGAGCCGGCAGAUCUCGCGCGAUCGGUCCUGAGCGGCCGGGCGUUGUUUUCGGAGGGUUAUGGGAGGGCUUUGGCGCCCGCCUUGGAGGUGCGUGCUUCUGUGCGGCUGGCGCUGGAGCCAGGUCGGGGGCUGGAGCAGGGCUGUGGAGAAGAGGGUCGCGCCGUUUCUGAGGCCCGGGGGUGCGGAGAGAAGGCUGACAUGGAAGCGGCCGGGGAGCACGAACCCUUCCCAGCGCGCGCAGGAGGAGGAGUGGCGGCGGCGGAACAGGACGCUGCUCACCUACGUGGCCGCGGCGGCGGUGGGCAUGCUGGGCGCCUCCUACGCCGCCGUGCCCCUCUAUCGGCUCUACUGCCAGACUACUGGACUUGGAGGAUCAGCAGUAGCAGGUCAUGCAUCAGACCAGAUUGAAAACAUGGUGCCUGUUAAGGAUCGUAUCAUUAAGGUCACCUUUAAUGCAGAUGUGCAUGCAAGUCUCCAAUGGAACUUCAGACCUCAGCAGACAGAAAUAUAUGUGGUACCAGGAGAGACCGCACUGGCAUUUUAUAAAGCUAAGAAUCCUACUGACAAGCCAAUAAUUGGAAUCUCUACAUACAAUGUUGUACCAUUUGAAGCUGGACAGUAUUUCAAUAAAAUACAGUGCUUCUGUUUUGAAGAACAAAGGCUUAAUCCUCAAGAGGAAGUAGAUAUGCCAGUAUUUUUUUACAUUGAUCCUGAAUUUGCAGAAGACCCAAGAAUGGUGAAUGUUGAUCUCAUCACUCUUUCUUACACUUUUUUUGAAGCAAAGGAAGGGUACAAGUUGCCAGUUCCAGGCUAUAAUUGAAGUAGCUCAAAGACCUGCUUCAAAGUUUUUGAUUUUUGAAAAAUCAUGCAGCCUGCUUUCUCAGAAGAGAAAUACUGUACAAUAAUGUGAACUGAAACCUUCUAAUUUAAAUGAUUCUGCAUUUCUUUUUCCCCAACUUAAUUUAUCCCACUUCAAACUGAGAGAGGAGAUGGGGAGAUGGCUCAGUGGUUAAAGGUGAUACUUGCUUGCAGAGCCUACUGUUGGCCCUUGGUUCUACCAGAUCCAGUUCCCUUCCCCAAAACCCACGUAAAGCUAGAUGCAAAAAAAAUGGUGCAUGCAUUUGGAGUUUGCUUGCAGUGGCAAGAGACCCUGUUGUGCCUAUACAUGCGCACACAGACAUACACACAAAUCAAUAAUAAUUUCAAAAAAGACCAUGCUCAGUUUUGUUUUAAUCAAAAGAAGCCCACAUACCUAGAAGAAUAUAUAUCUCAUAAGCAACAUGAAUUUGAUAGUAUUAAAAAUUGCUUAGAUACUUCAGCCUAAUUCUGUAGUCUUCUUUCAAAUUAGUACUUUAUAAUUCCAGCAUUGAAUCUGAGAAUUUUAAAAUGCAUGCCCAAGUUUGUUUGUUUUGGUCAUAGGCCGGAACUUGUCUCUAUAACAGUGGGUGCUGUUUUCCUCAUUUGUGCACUGUCACUAUUGGAAAAACUCAAGACACUAAAUUCUACUGGCUUGCUCAAAGAUCACAUUCUUUUUUUUUUUGGACGUAGAGUCUGGCUGUAGCCCAGUCUGACCUGGAUUUCACUGUAUACUUUCAGCAUUCCUCCUACCUUUGUCUCCCUUGUGCUGGAAUUAAAGGCAUGCAUCAGCACACCUAGCAAAAAUUGCAUUUGCAUAUAUUUAUUUUGUGGUUUUGAGACAGGGUCUCACUCUAUCCCAGGUUGACCUGGAACUCAGUCUGUAAACCCAAGCUGGCCUCAAACUCACUGCAGUCCUUGUACCUCAGCCUCUUGAGUGCUAGGACUAAAGGUGCGUACCACCACAUCAAAUUUGAACUUCUUUUAAGAUCAAGGGCUAUUUUUAUAUUCAGAGACUGAAGAGAUGGUAUCUUAAAAUUGAAAUAAAAUUCAAGAAUUACACCUAUUCUAUUUACCUUCAUAGUUCCAAGACUCUUGAAAGAUGUAAUAAAGAUGGGAUGUGAAGAUUUACUGACAUGAAAUUUCUGUAGGGUGGGGGAAACUGAAAAAGACAUUAAAUUAUUUUAAUAAUAAUUUAUUUUUUCAUUCUAAUAUGUGUCAGUGCUGCACAUUUUGAGUGUUUUCUAGAAGUCUUUGUUUCAAAUAGAAAUGAAAAUUGUAGUAAAAGAGACCUUGUAGCAUUAUAAAGAAUCAUACUUAAGGGCCACUUGAUGCAGUCUAGAGUGACUUGCUCAGGCACUUGAAAUAGAAUUAAAGCUACAAUCAUCGGGUCUUUAAAACAAUUCUAAGCCAAACUAUUGUAUAUAUAAAAAGUGCAAAUUGUCUCUUUUACAUUCUGAUUCAGUUUCAGUUAAAUGAAGGCACUCAGUUAAUACAGUUUCUUGCAUGUCUGUCUAUUCUGUGGUGAUCUUUUCUAUUUGUAGGAAGGCCUGGUCAACAUAAUAUACUAUAUUUAAAGUACUUGGCUAAGUACUAAGCAGUUUCUCUUCUGCCACAAUUUUAAGUGCUUGUGAUAGCCAGGUUCUCUUGAAAUCCUGAAGCAUUAUCAGAAACCCCACGUUAGCCAGGAAGUAUCCUCUACUGAGACUUCACUGUGGCAGAGCAGAGAUGGUCCACUGUGGCCUUGUCGUGCUGGUACGUCUUGUCUAUCCGGCAUCCACACUGGAGAGGGAGUACUCUUAGAGAGCUGGUACCUCUGGGGCUAGUGAGCUGCUCACCCACUGUCACCUAAAAUAAGGGAAAAGAGUUAGUGUCCUCUUAUCCUUUACUUCUUUCUAACUGUUGUGUUUUCCCACAGAAAGGUCAGAAAGCCAUUUGUAUGGUGGUGGAUGUGAAGAGAAUGAAUAAGGUCAAUAGCGGUAGAGUGGAGGCUAGGCAUUCAUUAACAAAUCAAUGGAAUGGCUGGUGCACCAAACAGAAAAAAAUCCAAGACCUGUGUGGAGGACUAACUGGCUUGGUAUUGAUUAUGUAUACCAUUUAUAUUAAAGCACAUAUUGGAUUUUAGAACAGGGAGUUUCUACUGUUCAUGUGUUUUCUUAGCAUUAAUGUUUUCAUGCCAUGAGCCAACUUUUUUAUUUUUGUACCUUAUUUCUAGCUGACAUGAUCACAAAGAUUAUAUUGCAUUAGUUAAAGUUCAUUAGAAGUUGAGUAAUUUAGAGAAACUCAUUGUUUCACUAACUCAAGCGUCAGACUCAGGUGGCCCUUAUAUACUGUAAAUACUGAGUACAAGAAUGUAAGUUGUAGCCGGGCAUGGUGACGCACACCUUUAAUCCUAGCACUUGGGAGGCAGCACUCACCAAGAGUUUGAGGCCACUCUGAGAAUACAUAGUGAAUUCCAGGUCAGCCUGGACUAGAGUGAAACCCUACCUCCAAAAACAAAAAACAAACAAAAAAAAGUAAGUUGUGUUAGUUGACAUCCUUACCUCGUCAGUCACUGUGACGUUGGGCAGCUCCUUUGUGGUGGUGUACAUCAAUUUCUUCAUAAAUAGCUCUGAAACAAAACCACCAAGGCAAAAGGGUUACACAUCAAUGGAGUCCCAUGUGGCAACACUGUAACUAAAGGUAUUGGAAUUUGUAAAGGGCCAGGAAUUGCAAGUGAACAUAAAGACUUCUGUCCUGGGUCUGAGAACCCCGCUGCUUUAUUGUCUAAUGUUUGACUUCCCAUGCCUGGAAAAUUAUACACCUUUCAAGACCAGUUCUUCUGAUUUAAUGGAAAAAUGGGUCUCAAAUUUGUGUAGCUUGAUUUUUUUUUCCUUUAAAACAAUAAGUUUAGUUUCAAAACAUUCUAAUAUUCAUGUUAUAGCUCAAUUAACAUCUUUGAUUACUGUCCAGCAAUUUUUACCUUGCAAAUGACACCUUUGUACCCAUAAUGUGUUGUAAUUUUCAUAAUGUUACAGUUCUUUGGAUUUAUCUUACAUGUAUCUAUAGCUAGAAAAUAUCGACUCAAAAAUGACUUUCAUAUAUAGAAUACAGCAAAGUAUGGCUGGAGAAGAUAAUAAAAAUUAGCACUAUGAAACCAAAAUGUCCAACUUUAUGCAGUUUACCUUAUAUGUCAAAAGUGUAGAUUCUCAUUUUUCACAAAACAAUUUCAGCAUUCUUUGCUGCCCUUAAACCUCUGAUCUAUUAGGAAGAAAUACAACUUUUUUGUUUAAAUAAUUUUAUUAUUUGAGAGAGAAAGGUAGAAAGGGGGAGAGAGAAUGAGCAUGCCAGGGCCUCCAGCCUCUGCAAACAAACUCCAGAAGCAUGUGCCACCUUGUGCAUCUCACUUAUGUGGGUCCUGGAAAUCGAGCCUGGGUCCUUUGGCUUUGCAGGCAAGUGCCUUAACCGCUAAGCCAUAUCUCAUAUCUCCAGCCCAAAACCUAUCUUCUUAACAUGCAUGCCUUAAAAUGGAAAUUUUAUCUUCCUAUGACUGAUCGCCCUAGUUUUCACAUGCCUCAUCCUUUACUUCCAUGAUCUUAUCUACCCCUUGUCUUCUUAAGCACUUAAUUCAAUACGCAUCCUCAGUUUACUGAAUCUUUGGCAUCUCCCUUUGUACCAGAACUGAACCCUCUGCAUUCCAACAUGGCAGUCUUUGAUCCCAUACCUAUUUGUAGUAAUCACCUCAAUAAUCUAGUUGCCAAACUACUUCCAUCAUCUCUUCACAUUUAAGUUCUAAUAACUUCUCUGUACUGACUGUCUUUAGCACUCGAAACUUUGGCUUCUGUACCCAUCAGUUCACUAAAAUGGCCUUAACCAGAAUCAUCAAUUUCCAUCUGACUUACUCCAUUAUCUGGUUUACAGUUUCCAGUGCAGCAUUGUUUACCAUAAUUGUACACAGAUGAGUUUAAACAUCUUGCAUUAAGUCCCCUGUUACUUCAUUCUCAGUUUGGGCACUUGCAAUUUAUUGAAUAAACCAAACACUGAGCGCCUGUUCAA